AUGACGGCCAAUGCGGUUGCACUCAAGUUACCGGAGUUUUGGGAGCAGAAAGCCGCGGCAUGCUUCACUAAGCAGCUCCACGGCAUCAGGAGCUGUAAGUCUCAGGUGAGCGUACUGCCGGCGACACCUUUCGAUGUGCAUUCUGAGCUUAAGAGCUCCUCACUGGAGGCUGCUAACGGCAGCAAAAUCCCAACAUAUGGUAAGCGCCAGGUUAAGUUGUGUUUUACCGGACACCGUUUCACUUGGGACUUUGUUGUGGCUAAGAUAGCUCGUCCUUUGCUGGGAGCUGAUUUCCUGUGCGCAAACGAUUUGUUGGUUGAUGUGCAGAACCACCGUUUAGUCGAUGCCAAAGAUUUAAAUUCUUUUCCAUGUACACUCAGUGUUUUUUCAACAACAACCUUGUCAAACGCUUCAGAGCCUAGCUGCGAAUUUUUGCACAUGCUCACUGAGUUUUCCGACAUAACUCAGCCAACUUUUUCUACGGUGACACCGAAACAUGGUGUCGAGCAUCACAUAUCUACUACAGGUCCACCCGUGUAUGCUCGCAUUCGCCGUCUCGACUCAUCGAAAUUAGCUGCCGCUAAAGCUGAGUUUGUGUACAUGGAAGAGUUAGGCAUUGUACACCAUUCAAAUAGUCCUUGGGCUUCUCUUUUGCACAUGGUGCCUAAGUCAGAUGGUAGUUACCGUCCGUGUGGUGAUUAUUGCAGACUCAAUGAUGUUACUAUUCCCGAUCGCUACCCUGUUCCGCAUAUUCAAGAUUUUUCAGUUCAGCUAGCUGGAAAAGUGAUUUUUUCCAAGGUAGACCUUGUGCGGGGGUACCACCAAAUACCAGUCCACCCGGACGACAUUCCGAAAACUGCCAUUAUCACCCCUUUUGGGUUGUUUGAGUUUUUGCGAAUGCCAUUCGGCCUGAGUUUGCCAUUAUUCCCAAAGCAGCUGAGCUUAUGUGCCCCCUCUAUAGGGCCCUUAAAAAGCGGUACCCCUCGUCUCAUACUCAAGUGGUCCGAUGAAAUGAUUGGAGCUUUUGACAGCACAAAACAGGCUUUAGCAGACGCUGCCAUGUUGGCACAUCCACUUCCGGACAGUCCAAUCGCUAUUACUACAGAUGCAUCUGAUUUCGAGGUUGGGGCUGUCCUGGAACAGCCACGACUGCCCCCAAAGAAAGGGCUUGAUCCCAGCUGCCGAAACCCGGGAGUGGGACACAUUUGGUACGAAAGAUUCCCAAAAGUUGAUGGCUUCCAAAUUUGUCUGGCGCGGCCUAAAGAAAGAUGUGAGAACAUCUUCCGCUUCAUGCAUGGCCUGUCAAAGAACAAAAGUGCAGCGUCAUGUUAUAGCACCGUUAGCACGUUUCGAGGUGCCGGAGCGUCGUUUCGAUCAUGUGAAAAUCAACCUUGUUGGUCCUCUUCCGCUGUCUCGGGGGUACGCUCACCUGCUCACGAUGGUGGAUCGGGCUACUAG